AUGACAGCUUCAAGUCUACUAGAGCAACUCAACCGCGACGGCUACGUUAUCGUACCCUCCAUCUUGUCAGAGGAUCAGCUUACAAAACUCCGGAGAGCAACUCAAGCGGCUACGGUUUUGGCCCGGUCCGGCAAAUGGCCUAAUGUACGGACACUUCCAAAGCAGUUCCCGCCAUGGCCACUCGCCGGCCCUAGUCCGCCCUCAGAGGGCAUCUGGGGUGUGCAAGGAAUGAUGCAUCCGGAUAUGCCCAACCAUGAAGUCUUCAUCGGAACAUACUUUUCUGAUGCCAUCAUCGAACCGACGAAGCAGCUUCUACAAUGCACUGACGACGACCUCGUUAUGGAGCUCUUCAACUUGCUCAUCCGGCCAGACCACGAUUUCGAGUUGCGGUGGCACCGCGACGACAUCCCUGCAACCGCCACUGCUGAAGAAGAACUUGAUCGGCUUAACAAGCCGGCAUAUUCAGCACAGUGGAAUCUUGCCUUAUAUGAUGAUUCCAGUCUCAUCGUCGUUCCCGGAUCACAUACCAGAGCCAGGACCGAUAUAGAACGUAACGCAGACCCAUGUGAGAAAGCAAUUCCCAACCAGCUCUAUGUAGAGUUGAAGGCUGGCGAUAUUGUCUUUUACAACAACAACAUCCUACACCGCGGGGCCUACAAAGCUAGCACAGAGCGAAUGACGCUACACGGCAGCGCUGGUCAUGUAAAAGGAAGUACAUUACGGGCUCGUAAUGUCCUCCAGCAUGGACUAAAAGGUUGGGCAGACAAGAUCAAUCUCGAAGUGCUGAGUGAGAAAGAAAAGGCGCGGGCUGAGAACAUGCGGAGAAGUCUUGUAAAAAUGGGCCAGGAAGCGGGGGAAGUGGGAUACUCCCUCGAGGGGUGA